CUGCCAGCCUCUUCCGCCCCUUAUCGCAUGAUGUCAUGUGCUUUCGCGUUCCGCCUAGGUCCCAAUCGGGAAAUAUCGCGUCUGCCUGGGCGUCACACACCUUUCUGCCUUGAGCUCGGGUGCUAUUUCAUUAGCGGUUGCGGCGUCGGAUGGAGUUGCUUUGUUAUCAUUAUCUCCUACGCAAACAUGGCCGAUAAAGAGGCAACAGUCUACAUCGUGGACUUUGGAAAGUCCAUGGGAGAGCGGCGUCAUGGCCGCGAAGUCACGGAUCUUGAAUGGGCCAUGCAGUAUGUCUGGGAUCGCAUUACGGGAACGGUUGCGACGGGACGCAAAAUGGCACUGCUUGGCGUGAUCGGGUUCCGAACCGAUGAUACCUCUAAUGAGUUGGAGGAUGAUCCUGACUACUCACACAUCUCGGUGCUGUCUGGCAUCAAACAGUUUCUUAUGCCUGAUAUUCGGGAGUUGAGCGAUCGUAUAAAGCCUAGCAAGACUAACAAGGGUGACGCUAUAUCCGCCCUCGUGCUUGCGAUUCAGAUGAUCAUCACACAAUGCAAGAAACUUAAAUACAAGCGCAGAAUCGUCCUGGUCACCAACGGCGAGGGUCCAAUGAAUCCGGAUAACCUUAGCGAAAUAACUAAGAAAAUCAAGGAGGACGAUAUAGAACUCAUCAUCUUGGGACCUGACUUUGAUGAUCCGGAAUACGGAGUUAAGGAGGAAGACAAAGACCCACGCAAGGCUGAGAAUGAAGCACUCCUGCGAAGUCUUGCCGAAGACUGCGAUGGAGCUUAUGGAACGUUGGAGCAAGCCGUGGCAGAGCUGGAGAUCCCCCGCGUGAAGAGCACCAGAAUAAUGGCAACCUUCAAGGGUCAUCUUCAGCUGGGCAACCCAGCGGAAUACGAUACGGCCGUUCGCAUUCCAGUCGAACGGUACUACAGGACAUACGUUGCCAAAGCCCCGUCGGCAAGCCAGUUCGCUUUGUCUACAGAGUCAGCAAGUCGUCAAGGAAAAGGCGAAUUGUCUGCGGCUGCGGCUGGCACGCAAGAAUCUCCGAUAGACGGUAGCUCCCUUACAGGUGUUCGCAAUAUCAGAACAUACCAAAUAACCGAUGAUACUGCCCCAGGUGGGAAAAGAGACGUGGAGCGAGAUGAGCUCGCCAAAGGGUACGAGUACGGGCGGACAGCGGUCUAUAUUAGCGAGACCGACCAGAACAUCACAAUUUUGGAGACUUAUGCGGCUAUUGAACUUCUUGGCUUUAUUCAGAGCGAGACUUAUGACCGAUACAUGCACAUGUCUACGACGAACAUCAUAAUUGCACAGCGUGCUAAUGACAAAGCAUCUCUUGCCCUUUCCUCGUUUAUCCACGCGCUCUUCGAAUUGGAAUGUUAUGCAGUGGCUCGCAUGGUGCUAAAAGAGAACAAAGCCCCGGUCAUCGUCUUGCUUGCGCCGUCAAUCGAACCCGACUACGAAUGUCUCCUCGAAGCGCAGCUGCCAUUUGCGGAAGAUGUUCGAACCUACCGCUUUCCUCCACUCGACAGAGUCAUCACAGUGUCUGGUAAAGUGGUAACGCAGCAUCGAAAUCUGCCUAACGACGAUCUAUUGGAUGCUAUGGACAAAUACGUCCAGAGCAUGGAGCUUGCCGAUACAGAUGAGAAUGGGGACUCGGAAUCUCUCCCCAUCGACGACUCAUUCUCCCCGGUCCUGCAUCGAAUCGAUGCGGCAGUCCGCCACCGUGCCAUUCAUCCCCGAGACCCAGCUCCUCCCCCUGCACCAAUUCUAACGAAGUUCUCCCACCCGCCCCAGGAGCUAGUAAAAAAGUCAAAGAAGCAUCUAGACAAGCUGAUCGCAGUCUCCGACGUCAAGAAAGUACCCCCAAAAACCAAAGGCCGCAAACGCACCCGCGAAGCAGAGAAGCCACUCUCCGGUCUGGACGUCGAUGCCCUCCUUCACCAAGAGAAGCGCACCAAGAUCUCGCCCAACAAUGCCAUCCCUGAAUUCAAGCAGACUCUCUCGCAGGCGGAGAAUAUUGAGAUAGUCAAGGAGGCCGUGCAGCAGAUGAGCACCAUCAUCCAGAAUCAAGUCAAGCAUAGUCUUGGCGAUGCCAACUACGAUCGGGUCACCGAGGGGUUAGGCGUGAUGCGGGAAGAACUCAUAGCGUACGAGGAGCCUGCUGUGUAUAAUGACUUCUUGAAGCAGCUCAAGAAUAAGUUGUUGAAGGAGGAGCUUGGCGGAGACCGGCGUGAGCUAUGGUGGCUUAUCAGGAAGAACAAGCUGGGCUUGAUUGAUCAGCAACAGUCGGAACGCUCAGAGGUGACGGAGGAAGAGGCCAAGGAGUUUAUGUCUGCGAAGUGAUAGGAUAAGAAGUGAAGUAGGAUAGAUACUUGUGGGACCGAAGUCUCAAGCGAAUAGCCUAGAUCACUAAUAACUUGCUCGAGGCUGCUCGUACUCAGUACUA